AUUGUUUCUUUGACAAAGGCCCCAUUGUCCACCAUUUUGCAACAUGUCUUCCAGGUCGAAGAAUGCCUCUCUUUUCACACUUUUUCUCGGUUUUUGUGCUAUAGUGCAGGCUGCGCCUGCUCCUUGCUCCCUACCAGUGCAAGCAGUUUCCACUGCCGAUUCUGCUGUGCAUCAUGCAGCUUCUUCUGCUGCAUCCACUGCAUCUUCUUACACCAAAUCUUCUACUGCUACUAGUGCAAAAAUUACAUCUGUAGCUCGCACUUCCGGUUCUUCCUGCACCUUUUCUGGAUCGGAUGGAGCGGCCUCUGCGAGUGCCUCCAAGAAAUCCUGUGCCACUAUUGUCCUGUCCGAUGUGGCUGUGCCAUCUGGAACGACUUUAGACUUAACUGGUCUUAGGGAUGGGACUGAGGUUAUUUUUGAGGGCACCACUACAUUUGGCUACGACGAGUGGCACGGUCCACUAAUCUCAGUUUCUGGAACCGAUAUCACCGUCAGUGGAGCUGAGGGUCAUCUCAUUAAUGGCGACGGCUCUCGCUGGUGGGAUGGUAAGGGCUCAAACGGUGGCAAAACAAAGCCCAAGUUCUUCUACGCGCACGGCUUGACAUCAUCGACCAUCAAAGGCUUGAGUCUGAAAAACUCGCCUGUACAAGUUUUCAGCAUUGACGGCUCGACUGAUUUGACUUUGGACAGCAUCACAAUUGAUAACUCUGAUGGCGACAGCAAAGGAGGGCAUAACACAGAUGCUUUUGACGUUGGCGAAAGUACUGGAAUACUUAUUUCCGGGGCAACAGUCUAUAAUCAGGAUGAUUGCCUCGCUGUCAACUCUGGAACGAAUAUCACAUUCACCGGUGGAUAUUGCUCUGGUGGGCAUGGUCUGUCUAUUGGAUCUGUUGGAGGAAGGGAUGACAACACUGUCUCCGACGUGACCAUUUCAAGCUCAAAGAUCGUUAACUCUGCCAAUGGUGUCCGCAUCAAGACUAUUUCUGGUGCGACGGGAACCGUCAAGGGUGUUACAUAUCAAGACAUCACUCUAUCCAACAUCACCGACUACGGCAUAGUGAUUGAACAAGAUUACAAAAACGGAAGCCCAACUGGCAAACCUACCACUGGAGUACCUAUCACGGAUUUGAAAUUGGAUGGUGUGUCAGGAAGUGUUGCAAGCGACGCGUCAAACAUUUAUAUUUUGUGCGGUAGUGGCAGUUGCUCCGACUGGACCUGGACUGAUGUCAGUGUAUCUGGAGGUAAAACCAGCACUAAAUGCGAGCAUAUCCCUAGCGGUGCUAGCUGCUGAUAUACUCAUUCUUCUAUUCUUAUAUACUACAUGUAUUAUAUUUGAAGCUUCUUUGGGCGACGGGUGGUCGAAAGUGACAAAUGUCGCGCUACAAAUGCAUCAAGCUUGAGACUAGAUAGUUAUAGAUAGCCAAUUUGAUGCAGCCUUG